AUGACGGACCAACAGCUCCCGCAACGUCAAGACACCCCCACUGCUUCCACUAUUACUGCUGUCACAGCUACUGCUACUGCGUCUGUUACCGCUUCUGCUUCAUCACUCGCAGCCCCCGCCCAAGCUGCUCCAUCAUCCCCCGCGCCUCAAGCUCAGCUCAUCCCCGCAGAGGACCCUGAAGAUACUAUCGAUCAUGACCGUUAUGACGUUGACUCGGCCCUAGGGUCUGACGCUGCCAGCUUUCUAUAUCCCGAGUCAGUAACAGCCAGCAUCUUCGAAUACAGAACUAUCCAGGGUCGUACAUAUCACAGUGAUCGGCAUGCUACCGAGUACUUCACACCCAAUGACGAGCAGCAGCUGCAGUCAGUUGACAUCAGCCAUCACUAUCUCACCAUCCUCCUCGACAACAACCUCUUCUUAGCACCCAUAUCGCCACACGUCCAGAAGGUCCUCGACGUCGGUACCGGCUCUGGAAUAUGGGCAAUAGACUUUGCAGACACAUAUCCCAGCGCCCAAGUCAUCGGCUCAGAUCUCUCGCCAUGCCAGCCAGAAUGGGUCCCUCCAAAUGUGCACUUCGAGAUCGCAGAUGCAAGCCUCCCCUGGCCCUGGAAGGACAACUACUUUGACUUUGUCCACAUCCGCUACCUCUUUGGCGCCAUUCAUGACUGGCCCGCCCUCUUCCACGAAGCUUACCGUUGUUGCGCUUCCGGCGGCUGGGUCCAGUCCUGCGAAGCCGACGUGCACUUCUACUCUGAUGACGGGACUGCAGAAACUGAGCCUGGCUUCAAGAUGUGGGGAGAUCUUUACGAGGGUGGAGGUGUGACGACAGGAAAGCCUUUCUUUCUCCAGCCGGAGGCGAUACAGGAGAGGAGCAUCACAGAAGCUGGGUUCACCGAUAUCAAGAUAUUAGACUACAAGCUACCUGUAGGAGGCUGGCCUAACAACCGUAAGCUCGCCGAGGUAGGCGAGUACGUCAAGUUAACCUUGGAAAACGAUCUUGAGGGCUACACAUUUUAUCUCUGGCACAACAUGCUCAACUGGCCGCCGGAAGAGUACCCGCAGUUCCUCACAGCCAUGCAUAAAUCGCUUAACAACCGCAAAGCCCAUGGCUAUAUGAUGGUGCGUUACGUCUACGGGCGGAAGCCAUAG